AUGUUGACAGCAAUGGAAGCCAACCAGCCCGACAUAGAUGCCCCACAGCUCACCUUCGAAAUCAACGGCCUCUACAUCCUCUUAUCUGACCGCGGCGACAAGAGCUACACAUUCCACUGGCGCUUCUAUCUACACCAGGGUGCAACAUCAGGCUCGAUCUGCCAUCUACUAAACGACAUCGAUCCAACCAUCUGGCGCUUCGAGUAUCUACCCGACCAGACCGUCAUCUAUGACCCAUCACUGCUCGGAGCCCUCAAGAUAGGAGUAUUAGAGCCUACCCUCCACGCGGCUUUUUUCGAACGUCUUCAACAAAUCCCAAUCGUCGAUUCAGUCCGAUUCCGCGAGAGAAUAACUUGCCGGGUGUGGCUCAAAGAAGCUCUUUUUGCGCUGGAUGACGAAGGGUACAUCAUACUCACUCGGAGUGUAGAUGAUAUCGAAGCCGAAGCGAGGAACCGCGCGCUCCAGAAUAAGAGUUUAGGGAGGCGAACGGUUGUGACGAGUAGUGGGAGCCAGGGGUGA